CUUUAUUGUUGUUACUUAUUGGCGGUGUUACUAAAAAUACGAGUGAUGGAAUGAAAAUUCGUGGUGACCUGAAUAUAUGCUUGAUGGGUGAUCCCGGCGUUGCAAAGUCUCAAUUACUUAAAUAUAUAUGUAAAGUUGCUCCAAGAGGUGUAUAUACAACUGGUCGUGGUAGUUCUGGUGUUGGUUUGACUGCAUCAAUUAAUCGGGAUCCAACAACUGAUGAAAUGAUUCUUGCAGCUCUUUUGUCAAGAUUUGAUGUUAUGUUUUUAAUUCUAGAUAGACCAAAUCUGGAUGAAGAUACUAAAUUAGCACAGCAUGUUGCUUAUGUUCAUUCAUUUGGUAAACAUCCAGUAAUGCAAACUGAAGUAGUGGAGGCUCAAAUGAUUAGACACUAUAUUGCUGAAGCAAGAAAUUGUCGUCCAACUAUUCCACCACCUGUUGGUUGGUAUAUGGUUGAUACAUAUAAACGACUUCGUCAAGAUCAAGCCGGUGGUGAUUUCAAAAAAAAGGAAUUUACUUUUACAAGUGCUCGUACCUUGCUAGCAAUGGUUCGAUUAGCACAAGCACGAGCACGCCUAGGGUUAAGAGAAGAGGUUAAUCAAGAUGAUGUCGAUGAAGCAUUGAGGUUAAUAUAUGUAUCUAAAGAAUCAUUAAAGGAUCCAGACACAAACAAUGACAAUUUUGAUAGAUCACCUACUUCUAUAAUUUACGGAAUUAUAAAAACAAUAAUAGCUAGAGAACGAUUAGUAAUUUUGGCAAAAGGUUAUACAGAAGAUCAGUUAUUAGAGUGCAUUCAAAAUUAUCAAGAACUUGCAGUUUGGACAUUGAGUAGGGAUCGAGACACAUUAACAAUACUUAAUAUCUGA